UCUCCAUCCCCGGCCCCAAGAUGGCGGCGGCGGCUCCUCCGCCUCCAUCGCCGCCUCCCCCUCCCGCCGCCGGCCCGGGCUGCCCGGGUUCCUGGCCUAACUUCGCCGUCGUCUGCUCCUUCCUCGAACGCUACGGGGCUCUGCUGGACCUCCCCGAGCUGCCUUUCCCCGAGCUGGAGCGCGUCCUGCAGGAGCCCGGCGAGCAGGUUCCAAAAGAAUUGGUGGAGCUUCACUUGAAACUGAUGAGAAAGAUUGGGAAGUCUGUCACAGCAGACAGAUGGGAAAAAUAUUUGAUCAAGGUACAAUAUGCACGUUGUCUUCUUCUGCGCUGCUGCAACAUGGUUACGAUGAGCUGUUGUGUCAGCAAGCCCUGGUAUGAAUUACAGCGAGCCUUGGGCUGCCUUGUGGCCAACAUCGACAUAUGCCAAGAAUUCAACAGCACUUGGGCUUGGGAGAUGGAAAAAAAAGGAUACCUAGAAAUGAGUGUGGAAUGCAAGCUGGGGAUUCUGAAGUAUCUCUGUGAAUGUCAGUUUGAUGACAAUCUAAAGUUUAAAAAUAUAAUUAACGAGGAGGAUGCUGAUGCCAUGCGUCUUCAGCCCAUUGGUCGAGACAAGGAUGGACUGAUGUAUUGGUAUCAGCUAGAUCAAGAGCAUAAUGUCAGGAUGUACAUAGAAGAACAGGAUGACCAGGAUGGAUCCACAUGGAAGUGCAUUGUUAGAAACCGAAAUGAGCUUGCAGAGACCCUUGAGCUCUUGAAAGCACAAAUUGAUCCUGCCCUCUUGAAAAACAACAAUUCUCAGCAGGAGAAUUCAUCACGUGAAAGCCCAAGCAUAGAAGAUGAAGACACCAAAAAGGGUGAAGAAGCAGCUACACAAGAAAAUCAAUUAAAAAUCAAAGAAGAAAAAGAGGAGAUGGAGGAACAGCCCAAGGAACUGGAAAGUCUUCCUCUUCCUGUGGUCAAAGAAGAUGAAAACACAAUGAAAAAUGAGAAGGUGGAAGAAAAAGAAAUUAUAAAAUUGCCAGUAAUAGUAAAAUUAGAGAAACCUACAGAAUACAAUGAAGAAAAGCAAACUGUCAAAGAAGAAAGCGAUUCCUUUAAAGAAAAUGUCAAGCCUGUUAAAGUAGAAGUGAAGGAAAACAAGAUAGAACCAAAAGACUUAAAAGACGUAAAAAGUUGUACUGACAAAAUAGCUGUUCACGAGCCGGAGAGGUUAGAAUUUUGUGUUAAUGUCAAAACUCCCCAGGAAAUUGUGGAGAAGUCUGUGGAAGAAAGCGAGAAACUUAAAAAUGACCAGCAGGCAAAAAUACCCCUUAAAAAGCGAGAGAUCAAGCUGACGGAUGACUAUGACAGUCCGAUAAAGGGCUCCCUGUGUAAAUGCGUUACUCCAACGAAGGACGUCUUGAAGGAAGAAGGGAAACCAGAAGAAGAAACUUUUAAGAGAGUCCCUACGAUUACUGCUUUGUGUCCUGAUGGGAAAAUACUGGUAAACGGAGAGGUUAGCAGUGAAAAAAUAACCCCAAGUGUCAUACAAAACAAUAAGUCAGAGCACUCGGUUAUUACAAAGGAAGACAGCAACUCGUUAAAAGAGAAAAAUGGUAAUAAGGGUGGUGAAAAGAUCUCGGACUCCCUAAAUUCUGUUAGUAGAAUUAUAAAAGCAUGUGAAGUUGAGAAAAACGCAGUAACUGUGGUGAAAGAGGUAGGGGCUGUGGUCUCUGAGCUUUCUAACCAGAAAGUGCCUUUCAAGGAGGAAUCUAGUCCUGUGGAAAAAGAGUCCCUCGACAAUGCAGCUGCUGAAAUGGUAGUGGAAGAAUCUUCAAACUCUGAAGACUGUGCCAAAAAUACUGAAGAGAAGCUAGCCGUGAUAAUCAAAAAGGACAGACUACCGCCACCCAAAGAGUGUUUAGAGAAGCUAGAAAGGUCCACAAACGCAUCUGCUCCUGCAGAACUGCCCAAGCCUGCGCUGCCUGAUGAGGAGGCUUUGAAAAGCAGAAGCGAGCCUGAGGAGAAGCCUGAUUCUCUGAAAGCUGCUGAGACGCCUCCUUCAUCUACUUCGCCUGUUACUUUAGAGAAGUCUGGUUUAGAAACAGAGGGCUCCGAUACUAAACCUGCUCCCCCUGAGGAGAGCAAGGUAGAAGAAAAAGCCAGCCCUGAAAAGCAAGAGGGAGAGCCUGAAGCUGCCAAGGCAGAGCCGGAUGGAUUAGAUGAUGCCCACGCUUCUAAUAUGGAGGACUCCUCAGAGAGUAAAAAGGAAUCUCCUGUACCUAAAAGCAAAUUUAAAUAUAAACUAGUUUCUGAAGAGGAAAGCUGUACCACAGAUAAUAAGGAAAUAACUUCUGAAAGACAGAAAGAAGGAAUUAAAUUAACAAUUAGGAUCUCAAGUAGGAAGAGAAAGGCAGAAACGCCACCAGAAGAGGUCAGCAUUGGCCGCACGUUACGGCGAUCUCCGAGAAUAUCCAAGCCUACCCCGAAAGUUGUGGAGACUCGGGAUCAGAAAUCUGAGAAAAAACGGCCUGAAGAGGAUGAGGAGAAACCUGCGGCAGCACAAAAGCAGGAACGAAAAGAAGAUGCAAAAAAACAGGAGAAGGAGUCAAAUUCUAAAGUUAAUAAGAGAAGCAAAGUUCGGUGGACGGGUACACGGACACGUGGCAGGUGGAAAUACUCAAGUAAUGAGGAAAGUGAGGGCUCAGAGAGUGAAAAAAACUCUGAUGAGGAGGAGGAAGAGGAAGAAGAGGAGGAAGAAGAAGCCGCACCUGCUGAUGAUGAUGAGCCGUGCAAGAAGUGUGGCCUUCCCAACCACCCGGAGCUGAUUUUGUUAUGUGACUCCUGUGACAGCGGAUACCACACAGCCUGCCUUCGCCCUCCUUUGAUGAUAAUUCCCGACGGAGAAUGGUUCUGCCCACCUUGCCAGCACAAAUUACUCUGUGAGAAAUUAGAAGAACAAUUGCAAGAUCUGGAUGUUGUCUUGAAAAAGAAGGAGCGUGCAGAACGCAGGAAAGAGCGGUUGGUGUACGUGGGCAUCAGUAUUGAGAACAUCAUUCCACCACAGGAGCCAGAAAUACCUGAAGGUCAGGAAGAAAAAAAGAAAGAUUCCAAAAAGCCCAAAUCAAAGCUACUUGAAAGGAGGUCUACCAGAACCCGGAAAUGCAUAAGCUACAGGUUUGAUGAAUUUGAUGAGGCAAUUGAUGAGGCAAUUGAAGAUGAUAUCAAGGAAGCUGAUGGAGGAGGCAUUGGCAGAGGCAAAGACAUGUCUAAUAUCACAGGUCACCGUGGGAAAGACAUUUCCACAAUCCUAGAGGAAGAAAGGAAAGAAAACAAGCGACCACAACGGGCUGCUGCAGCACGGCGCAAGAAACGACGGCGACUAAACGACCUGGAUAGUGACAGUAACCUGGAUGAAGAAGAGAGUGAGGAUGAAUUUAAGAUCAGCGAUGGAUCUCAGGACGAGUUUGUUAUAUCGGAGGAAAAUCUGGAUGAAAGUGAAGACGACCCGCCAUCAAACGAGGACAGUGAUUCCGAGUUCUGUGCCCGCAUAUCCCGGCGACACCUCUCCAGGCCCAUGAGGCAAAGCCGGCGGUUACGAAGGAAAACAGUCAAGAAAAAAUACUCCGAAGAUGAUGAAGAUGAAGAUUCUGAAGACAAUUCUAGCAGAGAAUCUGAGAGCGGCGAUUACACAGAUUACAGCGAUGACGAUUACCUGGAAACCAGGAGGAGAAGAUCAAGACGGAAUCAGAAGAGACAAGUUAACUACAAGGAAGAUUCAGAAAGCGAUGGCUCCCAGAAAAGUGUCCGGUACGGAAAGGAGUUGAGAAGAGUUCAUAAACGCAGGCUCUCCACUUCGGACAGCGAAGAGAGCUACACAUCCAAGAACUCGGAAGAUGACGAUUCCACAAAGGAGUCAAAGCGCUUGAUUCGAAAGCGUCGGCGAAGCACAGACGACUACUCCGAGGAGGAAGGAGAGGACGAGGAAGACGAAGAGAGGCCUGUCCGCAAACGGCUGAACCGGAUCGAAACAGACGACGAAGACAACUGCGAGAACGCGAACGACGACGCAGAGAACCCCGCUCCUGCAAACAAGCUGCCGGCACCCCAGGCUCCUCAAGACAACGCCAAGAAGCACUGCUACCGGAUAGAAAGCGACGAAGAGGAUGACUUUGAUAACGUAGGGAAAGUAGAGAGCCCUUUGGACUACAGCCUGGUGGACUUGCCUUCCACCAACGGACAGAGCCCAGGUAAAACCAUUGAGAACUUGAUUGGCAAACCCAGUGAGAAGACCCAGGCCCCCAAGGACAGCACAGCCAGCGCCAGCCUGGCGCCCAACGGGACGGGGAGCGGGCAGGAAGCGGUAGGGCCGGAGGAAGACGAAGACGAACUUUUGAGAGUGACUGACCUUGUUGAUUACGUCUGUAACAGUGAACAGUUAUAAGACUUCCAUUUUUGUGCUAAUUUAUUCCACGGUAGCUCAUACCAGCGGGCCAGUUAUUAAAAGCUGUUUUAUUUUUCCUAGAAAAUUCUCCACUACAGUAUCACUUUUUAGAAGCAAGAAUUUCACCAGUCCUGCAGUCUUUCUGUGAAGUGACCAGUUUUGAACUUUGAAGAAGAAUUGCUGUAAAUUCCCUCUUCCCCCCCUUCUCCUUCCAAGUCCAUGGUCCUGGGUAAUUUCACUCACAAAAACCUUAUAACAACAAGAGAUUUGUAUAUUUUUGACUUUAUAUUUCCUGAGUGCAUACAAAUUUGUGGAAAUGGGUGGCCUAAGAAAGCAUUCCAAAUCGGUCAGGGCCCAAACCGGAACUGGGGUGGGUUUGGCUCACGGGGUGGGGGGAUGCAGAAGCACUUGUGCUUUAGCUUUUUCAUAUGAGAUAUAUAUUAUAUUUAAAUGUUCACAACUUAGAUUACAACUUAACAGACAGUCUCAAAAUUAAUGUCUGUACUGUCGCAUUUUGUGAGUUGUAGGUUAACAUACCAUAGCUCAUUUUAGUAAUCACCUUCAUGGAAGCAGUUUGAUUUUAAUACUGGAGGCAAACAGAGUUACUAGAGGCCAAGAAGGUACCAUAAACAAGAACUCUGCUAUCCAUUAUGACUUGCAGACUUUCCUAAUAAACAUCCUUUAAAGUGUUUGUACAGUAAA